UUGUUUAUUUAUAUAUGGCACAGCUCAACACAUGGUCUUCUAUUAUGUCAGAUGAAAGCACAGUUAGUAUAGUUUGACAGUUUGUGAGUCUCAGAACCCCUGUCCUCGUUCUUCUCUUGACCCAGCUUCACCGAGGACACGUUUGUUGUUUCUCGGAAGUGACGAAACCAAAGUACUGAUGGCGGCUCACAGUUUGCUCCCGGAUAUGUACUGAAACGAAUUUGAUGGCGUCUGAUUGGACUUUUUGCUUACUUGGCCGUUUGUCCGAAGCCCCGAGAUUAACGUCGAACCUGUCGAGCGCUCGAGUCGCCAUUCCGAGGAGGGACGGUCCGCUCUAGAGCCGGUUAGUUCCAGAGCUAGCUGCCUUGCCAAUGAAAUACAAGUCCAGUUAGCCUGCGUUCGCAGGGGUUUGUUUGUGUGCGUGGCUGCACACUUUGAGACGUUUGACGUUUUAGCAGUUUUGUGUCACUGGCUGGUCCAAGUGCAGCAGAGUUUUUUGGCUUCUGUCGUUUGGCUGGCCUCGCUUGCGUUACUUUAAAAGCAAAGAAUCGGCGGGAAGUGGUUAGCCGACCUGAUUAGCUGUAGCCGUAGUUCCCAGCUCUUCUGAAGUCAUUGGUCUCUAGUGGAUAGUGUGAGUCUCUUCUAUGAUUCACCGUUGCGCUGUUCGUCGACUGUCAGCAUGUUGAAGACACGUCAGUGUUUACUCGGGAUUCGCACUUUUCUUGGAGUGACGUCUAGAAUAUGGAGUUUCAUUUUAUACAUCCUCAGGAAGCAUCUACGAACGAUAAUCCAGUACCAAACAGUGCGUUAUGACACAUUACCUCUCUCCCCUAUUUCCAGAAACAGACUCAAUGCGGUGAAGAGGAAGAUACUGGUGUUGGAUCUGGAUGAGACUUUAAUUCAUUCUCACCAUGAUGGCGUCCUUAGACCUACAGUGAGGCCUGGUACACCGCCAGACUUUAUCCUCAAGGUGGUAAUAGACAAACACCCAGUCAGGUUUUUUGUCCAUAAAAGGCCACACGUUGACUUCUUUCUAGAAGUGGUUAGUCAGUGGUAUGAGCUGGUAGUAUUUACAGCUAGUAUGGAGAUAUAUGGAUCGGCUGUAGCAGAUAAGUUGGAUAACAACAGGGAUAUCCUCAAAAGAAGAUACUACAGACAGCACUGUACUUUGGAUUUAGGGAGCUACAUAAAAGAUCUGUCUGUAGUACACGGUGAUCUCUCCAGUAUAGUGAUUCUGGACAAUUCGCCUGGAGCGUAUCGAAGUCACCCAGACAAUGCAAUACCUAUAAAGUCAUGGUUCAGUGACCCAAGCGACACAGCACUUCUUAACCUGCUCCCAAUGUUGGAUGCAUUGAGGUUUACCUCAGAUGUUCGCUCCGUCCUCAGUCGAAAUCUCCACCAGCAUCGGCUUUGGUGAUCGUAUGUUUCGGGGCCGGUCUCUCUUCUGGUCGCCAUCUGGGUUUUUACACGGCUCUGCCCGCUAAGUGUUAGCCUCUCCUGCGCUGGAGCUGUCUGCCUCUCGUCAUUGUGAGCUCCCGUUAGUCAUAUGGACUCCUCUGAGGAAGUGCUAAAAGAAGACACUGGAGGACAGAAAGGAGAGACACAUGAUGAAGAAGCGAUUACAAAUAAACUCAUGGCAAAUGGAGAGGCCAGCAUUUUUUUCUUGUAUUUUUUUCCUUAAAAAAUGGAAACUCUGCCUUACAGUUGUUGCAUUCAACAUGUGCAUGAUGAAGUGUUUCUGAGUGAAUGGGGGAGAAUGCUUCUGAUUUUUCCUUUCUUUUUUUGGGGCAAAUGAAUAUGUGAUCUACCAGUCACUUCAUAAGCACUUAUUCCCCCCUUCCUCAACGUCUGUGUUUGUCUUUUUAGUUUCGUAAGACCUUGGCACAAAUGGUCACAUGGUCUUAUCUACCCAUUCUCUCUUUAAGAUUCUGUCCUUCUCUCCUUUUUUUUUUUGUUUUUUUUGGUCUGCCAUCUCAGGUAUCUGGGCCUCUUCUCUAUGUUAAGAGCUGAGAGCUGUUAAUACCGUUGUACUAAUAGUAUACUGUGGUAGAGAUAAAUGUACGAUCAGCAGGAAAGAAAACUACAGUUCAUUAUUACAGCUUAUGGUAUUAAUUUCUGUGUUUUUAAAUGGCUUAAAUGUGAAACCUCUGGUUAAAUCAGAGAGGUUUUCAAGGACACGAUUUUAGAUGCUCUUCGAUAUGGAUACAUCAGCCACUGAGAAAGACACUGAGCAACAAGGACUCUUCUAUAACAGAAAAAUAAAAUGGAGCCUUUUGUCAACAACUGAAA